AUGGCGAUACCGAAUGGGGUCAACUCCCGACGAACAUACCCGGAGGAUUCAUGGGAGGCCAUGAAACCACGUAUUGUUCAUUAUUACAUUGAUGAAGGACUGACACUAGAGCGAACCAUGGAAGCUCUUCGCGAGGAGGGCUUCUAUGCAACGGAAAAGAUGUAUAAGACCCGCAUCAAGAAGUGGCACUUGAAAAAAUAUAUCAAGGAUGAGGAUGCUGGUGACAUCCUCCGAGCGGCAGCACAAGACGGAGGUGUUCAUCGAGCACACACCAUCGGUGGAAGGAUCGUCACAGCAGAAGAUGCUGAAAGGCAUCUGAAACGAAAGAAGAAGAUGAACACGUGGAGUGUGUGUCAACCUCAAUCGAAUGUCUUAUCGCCUGGAAUCGUUUAUUCGGGAAACGACUUGCUUGGCUCGCCAGUCGAAGAGAGACAAUAUGGCGGCAGCCUCUUCCCGGACGCGCGAUGGAUCAACGACGACAGAACAGUUUCUCAAGAGCCUGAUGGAGAUGUUGAGAUGGCAGAUUGUGAAGAGGUGAAAGAAGAGCUGACUUUGGUGCCUACGGGUGAUUUUGAAGUAUCACCCAACUUGUUACUAACUCCUGGACUUCAGUUUGCAACUCAGUCUUUCCUCUUCGGUGUGCGCAAUUUCUGCGACAUAACGUUAAGCUCGAUGCCUCACGAGCCGGUGGAAUCUCUAGCUAAUCGCCGCUUCAACAAGCUCUGGGACAUCUUUUGCACCAAAGCUACCCUGCAACAGCAGAACAGAGCAUCACAAGCGCUCGCACUCAGCAAACAAGCUCGGUUCACAUUUGCGGACAUGCUGAAAAGGGGAGAUCCUUGGCUACUCAUCUCACUAUGCUUGCUGUUGAAUGACAACAUGUCUAACCCGGAUCGAGCCGCAUCCGCAAGCAGCUUUCUAAGGGAGAUGGCGCACUGGGCGAACGAUGUUUGGUCAGGCCAUCCCAUAGCUCAAUUAAUCCAGUUUUUGCGACAAACCAACGACCAGGGUCCUCAUCACGGCAUUGCAUUAGAGCUGGCGCGCCUUCACAGUCGCGUCUUGACUGAUCUUGGCAUGCACAAAAGCGCCGAAAUGCUUCUUGCUCACGACUUGGCUGCAGUUGAGCACACGUUCGGUUCAAGCUCGCUUCAGAACCUGCUCAGGUUGUCUUCGUUGGCAAGAUGCAAAUUUGUCGCCAGCGAUUUCAUGGGUUCCCUGAACUUGUACAUGGCCAUCUUAUCGGAUCCCCUCGUCAACGAGCCUUGGCUGGCAGAUAUCAAAUACGGUGCGAUGUACUUUGUGGCUAAGAGCAAUGCUCAGCUGGGAAAUGUCCAACUUGCCAUUGCACAGACUCGUGAAGCACUACAGUUCUCUCUUGACACGAAAGGCGAAGACCACUACUGGACAAACAAUGCAAGAGAGCUGAUUGUAGACUUGGAAGUGUCUCAGCUAUUUCGAAUCGAAGAGGUGGAGUGA